AUGGCGACGAGGGAGCUCCCGGAGCUUACAAAAGACAGAGACGGUGACGAUGUUGAUGAUGAAGAAGUAUGGGUCACACACUAUUCAUCGAACCAUCAGAUACUUCUCGUCGGCGAAGGAGAUUUCUCAUUCUCUUCUAGUUUAGCCACUCGCUUCGGCUCUGCUUCCCAUAUCUGCGCUUCCUCUCUCGAUUCUUACGUGUAUAGCUUUGACUUGGAUUUCCUUUCUCAUAUGGUAAUCGAAGCAGAUGCCGUGGUUAAAAAGUACGGCAAGGCAAGAUCAAACCUUGAAGCUUUGAAGAAACUUGGAGCUUCCCUCUUACAUGGAGUUGAUGCAACCAAACUACAAUUCCAUCCUGAUCUUCAUUUUAGAAGAUUUGAUCGUAUCAUCUUCAACUUCCCACACGCCGGUUUCCACAGCAGCAAAGAGUCCGAUUCUCAUCUUAUACAGAAGCAUAGGGCUCUCUUGUUUGGGUUUUUCCAUGGUGCAAGCCGUAUGUUGAGGGCUGAUGGUGAAAUCCAUGUCUCUCACAAGAACAAAGCACCUUUUUGUCACUGGAAGCUGGAAGAGCUCGCUAGCAAAUGCUCUCUUGUGUUGAAACAAUGUGUGGCCUUUGAGAAGAGCGAGUAUCCUGGUUAUGAGAAUAAGAGGGGAGAUGGGUCCAGAUGUGACCAACCUUUCAUUUUGGGAGAUUGCAGCACUUUCAAGUUCAGAUUCUCUCGUGUGGCUAAGGAGUUUUAUGCAGAGAAGGUGAAAUAUAGAGAAUCCAAGGAACAAGAAUCAAAGUGUCCCCAAGUUUUUCCAAACAAGCAUCCCCUCUCGCUUGAUCUUUUGUAUCCCCUCCAUACGCAAUUAGAAGGCGUUAGCCAAAGACCACUUUCCUUAGAUCUUUUGGUUCAAUCAAGACACAGAGCGCCUCCACUGGAUCUCUCUUACUACCAUGAACACAGACGUUCACAGUUUGAAGAUGCGCUUAGAAGACCAGUAUCAUUUGGUCUUGAGAGAGACCAUUUUCGGUUUCAAGACUACUCAAUACAGCGGGACAGGCUCAUGUUCACUGAAAGAAGCAGCUUCCAGUUUCAAGACUUUCCUUUUCAAGCUGGUCAUCAUCAUAAAGAGCAAUUUCUUGAAUGCUCUAGCCGCUUCCAUGGAGUUUCACAUGGAAUUUACAAUGGGGAACAACAAAGAAUGUUACCAUGGACGAACUUUCCUCAUCAGUACAGUGGAGAAUCAGUAGAAAGACACCGCCUGCUUGGUCAAGACUUUCCGGUUCAAGCUACUCAGGAACCAUUCUUCCAAGGCGCUAACCACUUCAAUGGAGUUUCUCAUGAAACUUAUAACUGGGAACAUGAAAGAAUGUUAAGACGUACGACCUUUCCUCAGUGGUAUCCUGGACAAUCACCAGAAAGACGCCCCCUGCUUUGUCAAAACUUUCCGGUUCAAGCUAGUCAAGAGCCCUUCUUCAAUCGCCCUAACCGCUUCAAUGGAGAUCCUCAUGGAAUUUAUUACGGGGAAGAAGGAAGAAUGUUGGGAUGUACCAGCUUUCAUCAUCCGUACAAUGGAGAAUCAUUAGAACGAAGCUUGAAUGGACAAAGCAACUUCAACAUUUACCCUCCACAUCACUGGUAA